GUUUGUAAAUUAUAGUGAAACAUUUUGGGCUCCCCAAGAAUUUAAUGAAUUUUAGCGAUAAUCGAGCAAAAUGGAGCGUAAAGAAGUGGACACACAACAGUUCAUCGAUCAUACGCUUUUGGCCACUGAGCUAAUGCGAGAUCCCAAUCACUUUAUAAUGGAUCUGAUAGAUCAUACCUAUAAGGCUGAAGGCCCCACCAAUCUGAGCCGGAAUCCCAGUUCGGGAAACUCGGAGAGCGGCGUGGGCUAUGCGGAAAAGGAGUCGCUGACACCGGAAUUGAAUUUUCACAAUACCAUCUUUCAAUUUGUGAACAAAUCGUCGCCGGAAAACGAUGUUGUGCCGCAGCAACCGGACUCGCAGCCCGCUUUUCCGGCCCUGGCCAUUGAGCCCACGGUUCCCAUCGAUGUGGCCGCGGGCCUGGUCCACGACGACGGGGAUCUACUGUAUGCCCACAACAAUGUCUCCUGUACAAAUGCCCGCAAAGUGUUGCCCCACAAGAAGCGCAUUUCGCGGAAACUCAAGGGCAACAUUGAUGCCGAUCUGGAUGUGCACAAACAUGUCCAGGAUGUGGCCCCAUCCGUGUCCAUCUACAGUUGCGAACUCUGCGGCUACUCGGUGCACACCCAACUGGACUUCUUCGCCCACCUCAAGCAGCACUACGAACCCACCGUUCUGGAGCAACGUCUGGUGGUCCAGGAUACCCAGCAGCAAAAGGAACCAAUCGACAUGUGCGGUCUGUCCGCCCACGAUAAGCUGCAGCAGGAGCAGGCCAAAUUGGACCAGGUCUUCCAUGACGUGCAGCUGAACUUCGAAAACUUCCACAACAUCAGUCACCAUGUGGACGAUGUGAGCAAUGUGGGUGUCAAUAUGGUGCUGCAUGGUCAUGGACAGGCCACGGACAAGCUGAGUCCCGUGGUGGUGAACAGCAAUAGCACACCGAAUACCGUGCCCGUGGUGGACGAUGUGGAGUUCAGCGACACGGAGGACAUGCUCGAGGGCAUACGAAAUGUGGUGGACAAGGUGUCGAUAGAGGACACCUGCGACGAGCUGGUGGAUCUGGAGCUGACCUCCAGUGGCAUGACAGCCCCGUGGUUCAAUAACAACUUCAGGGACAUCACUUUUCCGGCUCUCCUGCUGCCCGGCGAACCGCCGCCAGCUUCCGCGGAACAGGCUGCUCCACUCCUCAAGGCGAAUCCCCACGAAAACGAUCACAUGGCUUUGGAUUUCCUAAGUCCCGCAAAGGUGGAACCAAAACUGGAAAAGUCUCUGCCCAAAAUCAUGGAAGCUAGUGAGCAAACCAUGUUGGUAGUGGCAACACCACCGCCGCCGCUAACUCCUCCGCCCAAUUCGGCGAUCGAACAACUGCAGAGAUCUCCGCUAGAGCUGAGUGAAGCCUUCAAACUGGAAGAGGACGAUGAUAGCCGGCCAGCUUCGCCCUUUGAAGAAGGCGUUUCCGAGGCUGAGGAGCACAACGAAAGCUUCUCGGUGGCGGUGGAGGGCUUGGCUGCAAGUGUACCGCAGGAAACGGGAAGUAAGACCAGGAGAAAGCACUUUUGCGACAAGUGCAACCGGGAUUUCAACUCGUAUAAUGCACUCAAGUACCAUCAGUACACGCACAACCAGCAGAGAUCCCAUAAAUGCGAUAAUUGCGAGAGAUCCUUCUAUACACAGAGUGCCUUAAAAGCGCACGAAAGAACACAUUCCGGCGUAAAACCCUUCAAAUGCGAAAAGUGUGACUUCAAAUUCCGGCAAUGGGGCGAUCUAAAGUAUCACAUGAUCUCGCGGCACAGCGAUGUCAAGGCGCACAUGUGCGAAUUCUGUGGCAAGAGUUUUUCGAGGAGAUAUUCGCUGGUUCUCCAUCGAAGAAUUCACACCAGGGAGCGAAACUAUGCCUGCCAGCAUUGCGACAAAACAUUCAGGGCCAGUUCGUAUCUGCUUAGCCACAUUAAAGUGCACACUGGAGAGCGACCAUACGAGUGUUCCAUCUGCGAGAAGAAGUUCCGGGUGUCUGGGGAUCUGAAGCGACAUUCCCGGAUUCACGAUCCCGCCAGAACGAAUCAACCACCGGCGGAAAAGGUAAAGAAAAAAAGGGCAGCUGCUCACAGCAAACAGAUGCCAAUCGAAGGGGAUGACGGGGUGGCCACCAGCAUCCAACACAAUAAGUCUGACGCCAUGCGCGACCAAACUAAGCAGGAAAUUCUGGGCUUAUAGCCAUGCUGUGCCAAGGUUUCUUCAGAAUAUUAUAAGUAAAUCAAGAUUAAAGUACGCAUUUUUGUACAAGCUAUGUGUGUAAAUAGAAACCCUAAGUUCAGAUAAAUAAGAUACGUAAAGCAUGCUUGUAUUUAUAAAGUAAUUAUUUCAAAUAAACAAAGAAAAAUGUGCAAAUA